AUGCCUACUAUGAUUCAGAGUAUUAUAUCUUAUCUUUAUAGUGAAAUAGAAGGUGCUGAACCUUCUCCUCUGCUUAUCGCCGAAGAUUGUGAUUUCUUAUCAAGAAAGAACCGAUUCAAAAUACUUACCAAAAUAAAAGGUAUAGUGAUAAGAGCGAUUCAGCAAAGUCCAGAUUCAAUUAUUGUCACAUGUACGCGUUGGAUUAGUCUGAGGAAAAGGCUGGAAAAGACUCUUAGUGCCUUUAGAGUAGGGAAAGGAGGUGAUGAACGGGUUUUUGCUAAGAUAGUUGGUCAAGGACUGAUGGAGUUGGCUAAAGUCCGACAGGAAGAGUUGUUGCAAACCAUAGAUAAGGUCAUUGAUACAGAAUGGCAGCGAUUUAAUCUAGAAUUGGGUGGUGUAGAUAAUGUAGAUGGUUUGGGUAGUGUAGAUGGUGUGGGUAUAGGUGUAGGUAGUGUAGGUUUGGGUAGUGUAGAUGUGAAUAAGAACGAGAGUAAGGGUAAACAUGGUGGGGGUGAUUUAGGGAUGGCAUUGUUACUCCUGGAACGGAUUGGGAUGCUGGCUGUGGGUGAGGAACGAGUACUAGCUAGGUACCAGGCAGGAAUGAGGAAAGGAUGGUCACGCGAUGGUUCAGUGGCCCAACAAGUACAGAGACUUAGGAUAGUCCCUGGCUUGUUCCGGUUUCCUUUGGGACUAGUGGGAACCUUGCGGCAGAAAGUACAAGAGGAAGUAGGUGCUCAAGUCUUAGCUGGUGAAUACUUGCCGAAGACAAACUUACUGACUAUUCUGCAAACUCAAGAUGGUCAGAGUUUAGACUGGUUACUAUCUCAUAAGUUUCCUAAACAACAACAAUUAGUGCUACAACAGUACUGGGCAGAAGCUAUUAAGUCCUACUUAGGUCUGGAUCCGUUUAAGGAAGCAAUUACUCUACUAAGUGGUGAGUGGCCGAACCGAACUCGAAGUGGUCUAACCCAAUUAGUAGCUGAAGUUCUGGCCGGGAUUGUGAAAGAAGAUCCAGAGAAGUACACGAAUGUUUUGAUAGUAAACACACGUACUCUUCUUUUUGAACGAGUUACAACUCGGGCUCAAAUCAAAGUACUUAAAGUAAUUGCCGCUCAGGUUUCUGAUUAUGCCUACUUUGAAGAAGCUUUUGUAACUUUGAUUACUGAUAGUGCUUUACGCGGCUUAUCUUUAAAAAGACUAAAACGAGUUGUUCAAUUACUUAGUAAGUCUUGGCGGUUUCAAUUGAAACGCCGAGUUGAUGAAAUAAUUCGGGAUUUCAGUACGGCUACUGAAGUUGAACCACAUAUUUGGCUUAUUCAUGCUAAUAGUUUCCGAUGGCCUAAAAACCUUUCUCGUUUACACCUUCCAGAUAUUCCCCGUCUUUCCGGACUUAAACAAGCCCUAACUAAAGCCAAACAAGCCGAAAGAAUCAAAAUAGAAUGGAUUGAUACCCAUUCAACUGUUGAGCUUAAAAUCAAUGAUUUAUCCACCACUGUAACUCUUCUUCAGUACUACCUCAUCACUAAGGUCCAAAACCAACUGCCAGUCGAUCUACCUGGCCUAAGCACUCAAUGCCCCGACCUCGCCCGCCAUCUUAAUCCCCUUCUUAAACAAGCCAUCUUCAUCACCACCACCAAUACGCCCUACCUCAUUCCCGGCCCCAAGUACGAAGAUCCACAAGCCUGGCUCAACCUCUUCCCAGAGUACGUCCUCCCCCAGCACGAAACUAAUCCCGGCCCCACCCGCAAACUCACUACUCUUUGCCUGGACAGUCUUAUCUCACGCACGGCCAAACACACUCCAGCCCAAUCCAGAUCCGAAUUUAUCCAAACUAUCUCAACUAGCUCAGGACAAUCUCCCACACUCGUAGAACAACGCCUUAACACUCUCAUCACCAAAGGCCUUCUGGAAGAAGAUAAAGGACUACUCACAUACGUCCCAUAA